ACAUGACAAACACACGCACAGUAGGAGAAGUGUUCCAUCCACAUGCAUUUGAAUAUUUCACAAAAUUAGCCAUUUAAGUUGGACCUCAAAUUCUGCUCAGUGGCUCAAGGGUCAAAGUUCACAGGGGCUUUGUCCAUUUGGGCUAUUUAUGUUCCAUUUGUUAUAAAUGGCAAAGCACGUCAUUGGGGUCCUAGAAAGCUCUUGACAAACAUCGUAAAUCACCAUGAAAGAGGAUGAGUGAGAUGUCGCUGACACGGCCGCUCGACAUGUUUCGAGGUCUCCGGAUUGUUGCCGCCGCACUGAUGUGAAACAGCGGGCCGCAGAUUUUAUUUUUACUUUUCAAGAGCUCAUUCGAGCGAGACUGCCUGCCAUGAUUUCACUUGGCCGUCUGCUCGCUGUGCCCUUCCUUGCGCUGGCGCUGACAGUGUCUGCUGGCAAAUUCAUUGUCUGUCUAGAUGUGUACUUAAAUUGGCUGAUGACCAGUCCAGUGAAUGACUGGAGACCAGAGUGUAGACCACUUGAUGCCUUUGUUUCCACUAAUAACACUUUUACUACAGUGGACAAUUUAUCAUGUGAUCAGGUUACAGGGUGCAUGAAAGGGUUAAAAAGGAGACUGGACUGUCUUAGAAUUGUUUAUUUAUUUCUUUGUUGUGUGUUCACAAACCCCGCCAUAGAAGUUUGUGAUUCCCUGGUUUGAUUUUCUGUUCUGGUGGAUUAUUUUCGAUUUUCUUUGUGUCAUUGAAGUUGUCGUUAAAUUACGUUUUCGGAGGCGGUCCUUGAAUGCCUCUCGAGCCGAACGUGAGAGCAGGCACGUUGCAGAGAGAGAUGCGCCUGUAUUUUCUUGAGUGUUAAACGAAUUAAUAGUGUAUCAGCUGUAACAAAGCAACAACACGACAGCUCUCUUUAUUUCGGAGGUGCAACUUCUAACUAGCCUUCUCUCGCCGUCAAUAUCAGUGAAUGAUUUAAUGGACGUGUUUGUGUGUGUAUUGACGGUCAUCUCUCAACAGUGUCUUGAAGCCAUCAAGGGGAUCAGCAUUGUGGUUACCAAACAACCACCUACUAACGCUUUUCUGACUCUCCCAUGGAUGUGCACAUUUGUGCGAGUGUGUGUAGGCGGCCACCCGGCUUCUGGAUGACAUGUGCCACCUGACGGCGCAGUCGCUGAUCAAGUUGGAGACGUCGGAGCACUUCCAGGUGGUCAAGCUGUUGGGCGAAGGCUCGUACGGGAAGGUCAUGCUGGCGGUGCACAACAAGAGCGGGAGUCCGAUGGCCCUGAAGUUCUUCCCCCGCGUGAGCACCAGCCUGUGUACGUUUCUGCGCGAGUACAACGUGUCUUUGAGGUUCUGCACGCACCCGUCUCUAAGCCGCGCUCUGGGCAUCGCCUACUCAACGCCAUCGCAUUACGUCUUCGCCCAACAGGCCGGACUCUUCGGCGACCUCUACGACUUCAUUGUACCUGAGGUUGGUCUGGAGGAGGACGGGUGCCAGCGGGUGGUGUCGCAGCUGUGCGGCGCCCUGUCACACCUUCACUCGCUGGGUUUCGUCCACAGAGAUGUCAAACCCGAGAACGUCUUCCUGUGCGACGCUGCCUGUCGCUGGGUCAAGCUGGGAGACUUCGGGAUGGUGAAGGCCCGGGGAACAAAAGUCCCCGAGGUGUGGUACCGCUCGCCCUACUGCACACCCGAAGCCGAGGUGGCGCGAGGCAACCGGGACGGCGGCGGCGAUGCCGGCGACGCGCCGGUGAAGUCAAGAGACGAGAGGAAAAAGAAGCGGCGGCCGCAGUUCUGGGCCAUGGUGGAGCCCAGCGUGGACAGUUGGGCCUUGGGCGUCCUAGCCUAUGCGGCGCUAACUGGCGCUCACCCCUGGCCCCAAACGUCCUCCGACUGCGCCGCCUACCUCAAGUAUCUGCGAUGGUUCAGCGCGGCCAAAACGUUGGAGGACCGACUGGACGUGUGGGCUGAGCAGCAGCACCAGGGCACGGCCGGCGCCAAGGAGCGACCUCCAGUGCCACCCCAGUUCGCCCGUUUCACCCCGUUAGCCCGAGCUUUCUUCCGCCUCCUGCUGGACCCCGGUCCACUGGACCGGGGGCGGCCCGAGGACGCGCUGGGCUACCUGGGGGGCCCCUGGAUGCUCGCCGGCGAAAAGGAACGCCUGGAGGAGCAAAGAAAGAAGAGCCGAGGGAGAGGAGCCGUCAAGGAGAUUGAGAGCAGGGGACAGAGGUGAACGAGGGACUGUGAACAAGCGGAAGAAGAGUCCAGAAAGAGGAGUUCAAGGAAAAAUGAAGCCGAGGAAGACAACUGGACAAGGGACUCGCGUGUUGGUGACGUUAGCUUAGGAAUCAGUUUUACUGUUAGCAUGAGCUGUAGCACCAACAAGAUGCUUGCAUUCCAAUCAGCGAGAGAGUGUAGACUUUAGCGUUUUCUUUGCUACAUUUCCAUCACUGGCAAAUGUCACAUGUGGAUCAGGCUUGGUUUGAGGCGGCUGUUUUGUAUUUCACUAGCUUUUUGCAUGCAGACAUGAGGUCACUGCUGCACUUGCGUUGCGCCAAACCCAUGAACGAACUGGGUUUAUUUUUACCUCACGACCUUUUGGCGCUUCAUUCUUGGCGAGCAAGUGCAUUGACUCAACUUUGUUUUGCUGCAAAUGCAUCGGAAACCUUCUUGACGUCAUGACAAGAACACAGCACGCCUGAAAAGUGUGAGAGGUGAAACAUUUGAAACAAUUUACUGGAAAGGUGUGGCGGUGUAGAGCAUUAAACCUAGAAAGGGAAAUGUGUGGAGCUGUCACAGCCCGACAGCCCUAAUGUCAUCAAUCCUUCUGCUGUUUAGUGGAAGACAGGUUAGAAUUGGGGAAAGCGACCCACCAAAAGCUGGGGGCUCAACUGUUGCAUGCUCAGUGGAGGACAAGUAGACUAGACACAUCGUGUAUAUUUAGAUCAGGAAUGGGCAACUAGCAGACCACACUCUGAAUGGCCCCUUGAUUAAUCACAACCCCCCUCCCAAAAAUAAAACUUAUUUGGAGUGUGUGUGUAUGUGUGUGUGGCGGUGGGGGGUUGUAAACAAGUUUACUGUACCACGGUGGUACUUUUGAACUACUCUCACAAAGAAAAAAAAAGGAAAAAAGUUGUGUGUUGGGGUUUACCAGAAUUUUUUUUUGGAAGAAUUUGGGGGCAUUGCAAAAAUAAUUUCAGUGCAGUUUUAACUUGUGAUAUCACUCUUCACCACUAGAUGGCAGUCACUCGUAUUUGGAAUGAUAUGCCAGAAAAACAGUACCUGAAUGAAUUCAAAUGUUUAAUGAGUGUGAAUUCAUGCACAAAAUGAGUUCUUGCAUUUCAUUAUGGCUUUCAGUUAAGCAGUUUUUCAAGAGGGGAGGGGGGCCUAUCUCAUUUUGUGGUUAUUUUUUGAUUGUUCAAACAAUUUGUUAUUUAAGGCUGUACAUGCAUUCAGCAUGAAACAUAUUCAGACUGUGUUGUAUAUUGUUUUAAUAAAAGCAAUGACACAUGCCCGUAA